AUGUCUGUCCUUGUAUCAUUAUCAACAACAAAUACUCAUCAUCCAUAUAUUCCUAAUCAUCAUCAUCAUCAUAUCAAUGGAAAUCUUUCUUCAACAAUAAAAUCAAUGUCAUCAACAAAUCGUUUAACAUCAAAAUUAAAUGAAAAUUAUAAUGGAAGUAUUGAGAAUGAUCAUGUACCAUUUGGUGUUGUUAAUUCAAUGAAACAACGUUUACUUGAUAAAGCAAAUGAAUCAUUAUUAUUAAAUAAUAAUUCAACAUUUAAUCGAUAUUCAUUAUCAAAACCAUCAUCACGUUUAUCAUCAAAUGAAAAUUUACUUCAAACAAAAUCAUCAAUAUCACCAUUAAAACAUACAACACGUUUAUCACGUAGUCAAGAUAAUUUAUUAAAUAAUAAUCAUAAUAAUAAUAAUACAGAACAAUUUGCAUCAUAUUUACAACCAAAACAAGAUGUUAUUAUUGUUGAAAGAACAAAAUCAAAUGAUGAAAACACUUUAACAUAUCGACAUUCAUAUAUUGAAUUGCAUAUGGAUGAAGUACCAAAACCUGGUACAGUUACAACUGUUAAAAAUAUGUUUGAACGACAAAUUCGUUUAAGUCGAUAUGAUAGCGAUAAAUUAUCGAAUACAUCAUUCAAUAAUACUUCACGUGUGAAUAGUCAACAUCGAGAAAUCUUAAGUCCAAGUCGUUCACGCAGUAUAUCACCAAAUGAUAUGGCUAUACGACAACGACGAACAACAGUAAUACAUACAUCAAAUAUACCAUCAACAUUAUAUCCUGAUGUUGUUAUAUCACAUACACCACCAACAUCAAUACAUAUUGAAACAAAUAAAAUUCUUAAUGAACAAUCUUUAAUAAAUUUACACACUCAAAAAAAUGAGAAAAAAAAUUUUUCAUUGAAUAUUAUUACUGAUGAAACUACAACAAAUAAUAAUAAUCGUCCAAAUCUUUUACUUUCAACAACUUCAUCGUCAGAUACUAGUGAUUAUCAACCACUUGAUUUUAAAAGUCGUUUAGCUUUAUUUAAUCGUACGAAUACAAUUGAACGAUCGAAUGUAAAUUCUUAUGUUUCAACAAAUAUUAAAAAAUCUUCAAAUCAUACGAAUUCUGUUUCAUCGCCACCUAAUUUUCUCACAAAACCAAUUGUUCAUCAUCAUAAUUUAGAUAAAAAAGAUAUUUCAUUAGAUUCAAUUGUUCAAACAGUUGUUAAUUCAACUAAAUCAGUAACAUUUUUUGGUGGAAUAAAAGUAAAUAGUGAUGUUCAGUCAACUCUACCAGCUUCAAUAGUUCCACCACCUCAACCAAUUAUUAAAGAUGAACAAUCAUCUAUAUCAACAUCAAUUGAUUUAUUUCAAGCUCCAGAUAUUAUUGGAGGAAAUGUCAAAUUAAAUAAAUCAUCGAUUUUUUCAGGAACAAGAAAGGAUACACGCGUACAAUUUAUUGAUGAUGUUGAUACAUUUGAAUAUCCAUCAUUUACUGUAGUAAUGGCUGAAUUUGGUUAUACUAUUUCAGAUGAUGAUAGUGAUGAUGACAAUGAUGAUGAUGAUGAUGAUAAUGAUUAUUCGUCAAUUAAGAAUGAUAAAAAUAGUAUGAAAAAAAUUCCUGUAGAUGAAAAUAAAAUUGAUGAUGUGGAUGAUGAUGAACUUGAACGAUUGGCAAGUAUUAAUGCAAAAUUUAAUUCCAAAAACCUUAUCGAAGAACCUUUACAAUCAAAAGGUACAUUACAUACAUUUCGUCCAACAUAUCUUGAUCAAUAUGAAUUAGGCACACGAAAUGAUUCUUCAACAAAUUCCAAUUCGUCAGAUAUAUUUUCUAGCGAAAAAUAUUUUUCUUCAUCGACUAAUACUUCAAAUCAUUCCAUAUUAAAACAAGAAAAAUCAAUGUUUGAUAUGACAAAUAAUAUUCAAUGGAGUUCAAUGUCAACAACUACUGAUUUACUUUUUUGA